GUGAUUUACCGCUCGACGGGGGUAUAGUCUAUUCGUUUUCCCUAUUUGAAAAUUUACUCAUUCCAAAACAUGAAGCUCCCUCUUCACUUCCACCACCACCGUCAACUCCGGCACUACGCCACCAAAUACACCGCAAAAAUAACCUCAACAACCACCGACGGCCGCACACUCUCCGCCGAAGUCCACUCUCCUUCUCUCCCCUCCGACGCCCGCGGCUUCCCUCUUCCUCGCCGCGACCUAAUCUGCAAAAUCACCCAAAUCCUCAAAUCCCCAAUUUCCGACCCCUUUUCCGACCUCUCCAAUUACCUUCAAACCCUAACCCUAACCCUAACUCCUUCCGAAGCCUCCUUAAUCCUCAAAUCCCUCAACAAUUCCCCUCAUCUAUCCCUCAAAUUCUUCCAUUUUUGCCCCUCUUUUUUUCCCAAUUUCCGCCAUGACACCUUCUCUUACAAUCGGUUGCUUCACAUUUUGUCGAUUGCGGCGUCGUGUGGUGGGUCUGAUUGGGUUGAGAAAUGCCGUGAAGCGGUGGCGGAGAUGGAGAGGGAUGGGGUUUAUGGGAAUAUUUCGACUGUGAAUAUUUUGAUUGGGGUUUUGGGUGCUCCGGGUGUUGAUUGGUGUUUAGGGUUGGUGAAGAAAUGGGGUUUGCAGUUGAAUUCGUAUACUUAUAAGUGUAUUUUGCAGGCCUAUUUGAGGUCGUAUGAAACUGAAAAGGCGUUCGAGGUUUUUAAGUUGAUGAGGAGGAAAGGGUAUACGCUUGAUGUUGUUGGUUAUAAUAUGCUCUUGCAUGCUCUUGCUAAGAUCAAUAAGGUUGAUCAGGCCUACAUGGUUUUUGAGGACAUGAAGAGGAAGAUUUGUGAACCUGAUGAAUAUACGUACACCAUCAUGGUUAGAAUGACUGGUAAGAUGGGGAAGCCUGAUGAAUCCUUAGCAUUAUUCCAGGAAAUGCUAGGGAAGGGUUUAGCCCCUAAUUUAAUGGCAUAUAAUACGAUGAUUGAGGCACUUGUUAAGAAUCGAAUGGCUGAGAAGACAAUUUUUCUCUUCUCAAAGAUGAUAGAAAGCAAUUGUCGCCCCAAUGAGUUUACAUACAGUUUGAUUCUGACUGUUCUCGUUGCAGAAGGACAACUUGGUAAACUAGAUGAAGUUGUGGAGUUAUCAAAUAAAUAUAUAACUAAGUCAAUGUAUGCCUAUCUUGUGAGGACUCUCAGCAAGUUGGGGCAUGCAAGUGAAGCCCAUCGUCUAUUUUGUAAUAUGUGGGCUGUUCAUGAUAAAGGAGACAGGGAUGCUUGCAUGUCCAUGAUAGAAAGUUUAUGUACUGCAGGCAAAACAGUGGAGGCCAUUGAUCUUUUGGACAAGAUUCAUGAGAAGGGGAUAGACACUGAUAUUAUGAUGUAUAACACAGUAUUGUCGGCUCUUGGCAGGUCAAAGCAGAUAAGCCAUCUUCAUGAUCUCUUUGAGAAGAUGAAAAGGGAUGGACCUCCACCAGAUAUCUUUUCUUAUAAUAUUUUGAUAUCUAGUUUUGGUAGGGUAGGGAAAGUUGAUGAAGCAGUUAAAAUAUUUGAGCAGCUUGAGGAUAGUGAUUUUAAACCUGAUAUUGUUUCAUACAAUUCUUUGAUUAAUUGUUUGGGAAAGAAUGGUGAUCUUGACGAAGCUCACAUGAGAUUCAGAGAGAUGGUAGAGAAGGGAUUGAAUCCUGAUGUAGUUACUUAUAGCACACUCAUUGAAUGCUUUGGUAAGACUGACAAAGUGGAGAUGGCUAGCAGGAUGUUUGAUGAUAUGGUUGCUCAAGGAUGCAGUCCUAAUAUUGUUACAUAUAAUAUCCUACUUGAUUGUUUUGAGCGGAGUGGGAAAACUGCUGAAGCAGUAGAUUUGUAUGCUAAACUUAAGGAACAGGGUUUGACUCCUGAUUUCAUAACUUACGCUAUUCUGGAGAGGCUGCAAAGUGGUUCACACCGGACCAGCAGGAUUCGCAAGCAAAAUCCAAUCACUGGUUGGGUUGUUAGUCCUUUAAGGUGAUGAAAUGUUAUUGUGCGCCAUGUGCGGUCAUACUGAUGCAUUAAAGGCCUGGUAAUCUGGUAUGAACUAACUUUGAUGUUAGACAAGUAUUUAAUUGCCAUUUCCCUCCUUUUGCUACCUCUUCACUGUAUGUUUGUCGAGAACAAGUUGCCUCUCGAGUUUAAAAGAUUGGGACAAAAGACGUUGAUUAUGCUAUUCUGCAUGACCAUCCCACUGUUACCUAAAGUUAGAUUUUUUGUGCGUGAACUGGUUCGUAUUUGGGCUAAUUAUGAAUUAUUUAUCAAAUUCUUCCCCUUGGAGCUCAUGUGCUGCCACACCAGGUAGAAGUGUCUUCUGAGUGAAAGAACAAGGAUUCACCUGUGGGCUGCUACAAUGGUAAGCUUUACUGUACUUCUGUUUGAUAAGGUUUCACUUGCAGCCAUAAUUAAUUUGUGGGACAUGGAUUUACUGAACGCGCAUGAGUGCAGGGUACCUGUUAACAUUGCCAUCUCAAUGAGAAUGAUUUGGUCCUGGGCUUUUUCUGCUCUUAAAUUUAAGUGGGAAUACUAAUUUUUUCGCUUUAGUUUCUUUAUUCAGUUAGCUAAUCUCACUAGGCAUUGCUGGAAGCUGGGUCUUUUUUUUCGCCAUCUCAUGCUCAAGUAUGCUCUUGUGAUCAUAUCAUUCAGCUCAUUUUGCAUCUUUCAUUAAUGUGGAAAGGGAAGAGCUUAAAUUGUGUUGUUCGUACUUAAAUAUUUGCUUGGAGAGGUGCAGCAAGUGACAAUUUGUGUGAUGUUUCUUUGGGAAAAGGGUAAAAUAGGUGAUAUGCUGAUAUGGAUUGUGCCGAAAGCCAAGGAAUAUGAGGGUCCAAAAUUCCAAAUGCACACAUUUUUUAUCUCAAACCAGUCCAAAGAUGUUCUCACUAAGGACUUGCAAAUAAUAUAUCUUCCGAAGGGAGUAUCCUGCAAGAAACGCGGUAUUGCUAGUUGUUACCCUAGAGUGUGUGUAAAAUGUAGAUGUUUGCCUGUCUUCCAUAGAUAACAGUUAGUGAGAAUCGAUCCCAAGAUCUCCUGGAAUCGGGAGGGAAGCUCUAACCACUUGAGCUAUCCCUCACUCUCAAAUUUGCUUAUAAUUAUGAAUAUACAUAAAUCUAUCUAUGUACUCUGUAGUCUAUAGUAUGUAAUUUUUCCAAAUUUAAAUUAUUAUGAAUGGUAUGUUCUUAUUGACAUGAACAUAUUGAGGAUGAACCCUUUUCAAUUUGUGACUCAUGUCAUUUUGUUGGAUGUUUUUCUAAUACAUGUACUUCGACGAGUUUUGCCUAAAUACACCGCCCUAGUGAACGUGUUUUGCUCAUCACAAAAAUAUACUCGUAUGUGUGUAAUAUGGUAUUCCGAAGACACAUGAAGCAGUCCAAGGGAAGAAUUAGGAGGUAUCUUUGAGUUGGUAGAGGGCUGUGAUGAACCACAUUUAUCAUAGCUAGAAACUUGAGCAGUUGAGCUUCAUAUGUACUGAUUUGAAUUGAGGACAACUAAAUUUGGUGAAUUUAAUGCGAUGACUAACUUUUUUUUUGUGCACAGUUUGAGCAAAAUGGCAAUCAACAAGCAAUCAAAAGCACUGUUUGUUUAGCGUGCUGAUUCUUUUUCUCUAUCAUGCAGUAUGCAGUUUAUGUA